GCUAAACCAGCCCACUAUGCAUUAAAUACCACCAUCAACACCACUGAGAUCUUCAGCACUCCUGAGAAACCUUACAAGUACAGCAUCAUGAUCAUCUCUGUGCUUUUGCUAGUCACCAUGCUACCAAAUCUGAGUUUUCCAGCAUCUGUGCAAGUGGGUAUAGUGAACGGCACAGAAGCCAAACCUCAUUCAAGACCCUACAUGGUUUCGAUUCAAAGAAAUAAAAAACACAUAUGCGGUGGCUUCCUUGUGUCUGCACAAUUUGUCAUGACAGCUGCGCACUGCUUCAAAUACGGAGACAAGCUGACAGUUGUGGUUGGAGCUCAUGAUUACACUAAAGGCUCUGGUCACAUGGGUGUGAAAUUCUACCACAUCCACCCUGGGUAUAAGCCUAGUCUGCUAAAUGACAUCAUGCUACUUCAGCUAGAUGAAAAAAUCGAAAAGAGCAAGAACGUGAAGUUGAUCUCCAUACCAAAGAAAGAUAAGGACAUCAAGGCUAAGGUCAAAUGCAGUGUUGCAGGAUGGGGGAAGAAAAACAACAGUGAUGUAUCAAGUGCUAAGCUUAUGGAGGUGGAUGUCACCAUCAUUGACAACAAAGAAUGUCAGAAGAAGUGGGGAAAAGAUUACUCCACCUCACGUAUGGUGUGUGCAGGCGGUCGUGGAGGAUUUUGCCAGGGGGAUUCUGGAGGACCUUUGGUGUGCAAUACUGACGCAGUCGGUGUGGUUUCAUUCUAUGAGAAAGACAACUGUAACUCACCUAGUCGACCAAAUGUCUACACCAAGAUUUCAAAAUUUCUAAAAUGGAUAAAUGCUAUUCUUGAAGUUGUGGUUGGAGAUGACAUAAUCAAUGGGAAAAAAAGCUUCAAAAAAUUCCUUGCAAUUCAUGGUCUCCGUGCAGAACAAUAAACAGCAUCUAUGUGGAGGAUUUCUGAUAUAUCCUCAAUA